GCUUUGUCCAUCAACCCUAUCGAAAUAUUUCCUUAACAAAUUCUGAUGUUUUAAUUCCUUAAACAAAAAAAAAUAAAUUUAAUUAAUAAAAAAUAAGAGAAAAAAAGCAAUCUCAUGUCUGGGCGAAGGUGUGUCAUCUGUGGCGAGGAGCCGCCGGCGAAGGACGCGCAGGGCAACGAUGCGUAUGCGUAUCCCAAGACGGAGGAGGAGGCCAGGAUCUGGCAGUCCAGUAUGGCGGCCAAGAACUGCUGCCUGGAGAGCAUCCAGAACCAGUGCUGCGUCUGCGUGCAGCACAUUCCCGACUUUGUGAAGCGGGCCAAGAAAGUCGGCAGGAGGCUGCGAAAUGAGGAGCGCGAAAAGGAGAAGCGCCGCAAGGAAAGGGAGGGUGGUGAAGGAUGCCAGUGUCCGGAUGAUGGUCAACCAGGUCCGGAACGUCCGUCGGUUAAUGUUCUCCUUCUGAACGGAGCGUCGCUGCCCACGUAUUGCGGCAAGGGACAGUCCACUGUGGAUUUGAAGCCACAGCCGGCGGAGGAAGGCGAUUCCGAAUUGAAGAUAACCAAGAAGCUGGACUCCAAAGAAUCGGACACGGAGAUCUUUGUGCAGGAGUCGGAAUUCAAGGACACCGGCCGCAACUUUCCCGACAUCGAUGGCACCGAGGUCACCGUUCUACGCACUCCCAUGCAGGAGGAUGAGCAGCUGGAGGAGGACAUGCAGGCGCUGCAGGAUGCGGAGCAGGAGCAGGAUCCGACUGUCAGGCAGCGGCGCAACAACUGCCUUCCAGGCUGCACGGAUGUCCUGCUCCUGGGCCGUGGCCCCCAUUCCUCAGACGAGUGUCCCUGCAAGUGUGAGCAGUGCUCCAAGCCUUCCGGCUUGCCACAGGACGAGCCCUGCUGUCAGCCGGAAUGCUGCCCGAAAACCCACACGGAGUACUUCACCCAGCCGCCUUGCGGCUGCGAGUGUGAGCAGCAGGUGCGGCGUGAGCUCACAAAGGUCAUUAAGACGCAGGGUCAAAGGAUUCGGGAGCUGGAGGAGAUGCUCUGCCGGCAGAACAAUCUGCGCAACUGCCUGCAGCGAAAGUUGGACGAGCUGUACUGCGAGUUCGGCCGUUUGGAUGAGGAUGACGGUGAAAGAUCGCGAUUAACUUGCCCGGGCAGCCUGCGUAGUGGCCCUGAAUGUUCCGGUGUCCUGCAUCCAAUACCACCACCACCUCCGCCAGAGCCGAAGGCGCCGACUGCGCCAAAACGAACACGAUCCUAUCGUCGGGCAGUGCUGCAAAAGGUUAAGCGCGAGGUGGCUCCGGUUGAAGCCGAGAGGCCUAUGUUGGUCGCGGAUGGGGAGCGGGUCCACUGGUUCGCGGAGAAGAGCACCCAUUCCGAGAACGUCACCCAUCGACCAGGCUGGGUCAAUGUGCCACAAGAGGAGGAGUUGGAGUCGGGGAGCAGGAUGGCGAUUCGAUUCGGAAAGAACAGCACCUACGUGAUGUCCGACAAGAAGUCAAGCCAUUCCAUAUCCCAGUCCGCGCCGCAAUCCACCUCCAAUUCCAGCUACUCCUUGACCACCGCCAGAGCCCCCCGCACCUGAUGUGCCAUCCUCUGCCCUCCGUAUCCCAUAUCGCGUAUGUCCCAUAUAGCCUACCCAUAUGCCCUUUUGGAUCUUCCCGUCCUGUGCAAUCAUGCAAAUACAAAUAUAUACUCUUUUUUCCGGCUCUGUG